GCACAAGAGAAAUACAUAAAGUUUAUGGAGAGCAGCAGAUACGAACCGGUGAAGCUAGCUCCAUCAGGGUUCGUCCUUCUAAAGGACUUGCAUCCGCCGUAUCCCAAGGUUCUCUUUAUGACCACCGACACACCUACUUCAACGGCUGUCAAGCAAGGAUCCACGCCAGUCUGAAUACACAUCAUGGUUUUGUUUUGAUUAGUGGGUAAUUGUUGGUUUUUUUUGGUUAACAUGGAACAGUUUGGAGAUGUGGAAUUUACUACAGUUCAAGAUGGUGAAGACUUCGAUCUCAGAGAGGUUUGUUCCGUACCAAAACUUGGUAAGGUCACUUCCUGUCAUUUCUCAUCGGAUGGGAAAUUCUUGGCGAGCGCUGGACAUGAUAGGGAGGUGUUCAUCUGGAACAUGGAAACAGGUCACGCUGAGACCACUCCUGACGUACAUGCGGAUAUUAUCACUGAUGUUCGCUUCAGAUCCAAUUCAACUCUACUUGCAACAGCAUCAAUCGACCAAACUAUAAAAUUCUGGGAUGCUUUUAAGCAUGGUUAUAAUUACUGCCUACGAAUGGCUGCUCAUAGAGCUCCUGUGAUGUCCCUUGACUUUCACCCUAAGAAAACCGAGUUGCUUUGCUCUUGUGAUAGCAGCGGUUGAAUUCGCUACUGGAACACCGAUACAUAUUCUUCUCUUGAUACUUUUAAGGGGGAAAAAGGGUCUAUUACGCAGGUCCGGUUCGAGCCACAAGAUGA